CCUCAGCACAUGAUCGUACAAGCUAAUACCUCUGCUACAGCUUGAUCUGCGGAUACAUCCUGCACUGCUCUGGGACCACCACCUACACACACACGCACACAAUGGCGACCCGCCGCAUCGUCAACUCGGAGCGGACCGUGCUCAAGAAGGAUGACAACGGCCCAGAGGAAAAGUCCGACAUUGCUCCGGCCGUUCCCAAGGACGUGAUCUACAAGUUACUCGGCUUCACGCUGGCCAUGGUUGUUCUUCCCAUUGGGUCCUACUUUGCUACUGUCAACACCGUGUUCAACGGCAACGCCUCGUACGCGGGAGGAUUGGCUGCGGUUCUGGCCAACGUGGUCCUGAUAUGGUACAUUAUCGUCGCUAUGAACGAGGAUCAAUCGGAUAGAACGGAAACGAAAAAAGACAAGUGAGCACCAAUCUUCACAUUUGUGCUAGUCAAGAAUGCAAGACUCUUUGUUCAAAGCACGCUCGUCAUGCAUGCAGUGAUUUAUUC